AUGCCGUCGCAUAACGAAAAGCGAGUGCAGGGAGUCAAGGACCUGUCGCCUCACCAGGACACGUCAGAUGCCAUCAACCAAUUGGUGACCUUGCUUCACCAGUACUGUUCCGAGGGCGGUUUCGAUACCUUGAAGGGAGUCGUCGGAGAGAACGAAGAACUCAAGCGAGACAAAGCAAGGCUCCAAACCGCAUACGAUACGAACAUCGAAGCGCUAUCUCGACAUCAAACUGAGUUUGAGAGACAGAAAGUCGAUUUUGAGAAGCAACUAGGCUCCCAAAAGGCACAGAACGAGGCAAUACUCAAAGCAAAACAAGCAGCCGACGAAAGCAUCAAGAAACGCCAAGCUGAAUUGACGGCGCUGCAAGAGAAGCUCGAGAUACAGUCAUCAUCUGCCAAACAGUUGAUGAAUGAGAUCAAGAAAAAAGAGUCCACGAUCAAUGCUCUCGAAGCUACUAACGCUUCGCAGCAAGAAAAUUUAACGAAAGCAGAGAAAGAGUCGGCAACGUUCCAAAGUGCAAAGGAGUCUAUGCAAAAGCGAGUAGAUGGUCUAACUACGAGCUUAGACGAAGUGCGCGGAAGAUUAACAACGUUUCAUUCUUUCGUGGUCAAGCUUGACAACUUUGAAGCCAGAAGAGGUGAAGUUAUAUUGAGAAACGCGCUCAGCUUCGUGGAAUCGUCCAUUGGCAUCGCUCUAGACGAAGCAUGCCUGACCGACAUAGCAGUAUGGGGAAGGCUUCGAAAUCACGCUUCCAUCCAGCGCACCAUCCCUCUACCUGCUUCUAAUUCUCCAGCCGCUAAGCAAAUGAGGGUCGCCGCCGGUCUCAGGAUCUACAGCAUGGCUCUCGCCGAUCAUGUCUUCAGAUCAACAAAUCUCACUCAAAACAGCGAUUUCGAAGAUGUUCUACGGGAUUUGGAGACAGAGGAUCCACUGCAUGAAGUUUUCACGCGUGCGGUCUUGUUGAAGAUCCAGCCAGCAAGGCAAGCUCGAAAUAGAGAAGCUCGUGCCAAGAUGGCCGCUGAUCAAGUUUUUGACGCCAUCGCCGACUUGGUCCCUUCUUCGCAGAAAGAAACUUUGAAAGCACGCCUAUACCAGGUCUCAUUGGAGGCAUGCAAUGCGUGGUUAGUUAUUCAGCAACUACUGGAGCCAGUCCGCCCAGUCUUCUCUGUGCAUAUGCCUGAGGACUGGGUGCCAUUACCAUCGUCGGUACCCCAACGCAACAGCAAGGCUGGACCAUCCGGCGUCGCUCGGGAACCUUUGGCGACGCGGGUAGAAAACCAGGGUCAACAAAUACAACAGCCGAGUGCUGAGUCUCAGCCGAUAGAAAUUGACGACAUCAUGCAAGUUGUUUGGCCAGCAUUUUAUGUUACAUCUUCUCAACAGGAGGAUGACAUUGGUGACCAAGUUCCAGAACUUGUCCACAGAGGGCAUGUCAUUACACGUUCACAAGGCAGAGAAGCAGAGAUCGAAAUGUCACGUAGAAAUGCGAGAAAGAACGCAAGACAGAACAGUGGAUCUAGCCCUACACAGAGAAAGAGACGAGACUCAGCUGUUUUUUUAUCCAAAACUUUUCCUGGCGGUAUUGGUACCGAAAAGGGCAAUUAA